AUGGGUUUUACCGACCUGCUGGAGGAGGCGGGCGGGUUUGGCAGGUACCAGUGGUUCCAUGUGAUUCUCAUCAGUUGCCCGGGUCUGCUGAUGGCCGGCCAGAACCUCCUCAACAACUUUGUGUCAGGAAGCCCUACUCACCACUGCCGCUUGCCUGCUAAUUACAGUCUGCUGAACCUGUCUCAGGCUUACCAGGUGGACGAACAGCAGAUGCUGAGAGUCUUCAUCCCCGUUGACUCAACAGGAAGUCGACUGGACCGCUGUAGAAGGUAUGUGACGCCACAGUGGCAGCUGCUAGGCGCCAACAGCUCAUCUAAUGUCAGCCUUCUGGAGACCGAGGAAUGUGUGGACGGAUGGACGUUCGACCGCUCUGAGUUCUUGGAGACCACCGUCUCUGAGUGGGGCCUGGUGUGCUCUCUCCGUCCUCUCAAACAGAUGAUCCAGACCAUUUAUAUGGGCGGAGUUUUAGCAGGGGCUAUCAUUUUCGGGGGUUUGUCGGACCGGUAUGGGAGGCGUUCCGUCCUGAUAUGGUCGUACUUCCAGCUGGUUGUGCUAGGCUGCUGCUCCGCCCUCUCCCCAACGUACACCGCCUACUGCGUCUUUAGGUUCCUGAGUGGAAUGGCGGUUUCCGGCGUGAUCCUGAACGGAGCAUCGCUGAAGGUGGAAUGGAUACCGACCAAACAGAGGACAUUGGUGGGCACGCUCACGUCCUUCUUCUUCACAUUUGGUCAAAUGAUCCUGGCGGGCCUCGCCUAUUGGCUGAGAGACUGGAGGAAGCUGCAGGUGGCCGUCUGCACACCGCUCUUCCUGUUCUUUACAUACUGCUGGUCAGCAUUUCAAAAUAAAAUUCUGAGUCAGUGAUGGUGGUUUGCUGAGUCUGCUCGUUGGUUGGUUCUAAAUCGGCGGUCCGAGGACGCAUUGAAAGCUCUUCAGAGAGUCGCCCGAAUCAACGGAAAGCCUGAAGUGGUUGAAAAGUUGAACAUAGAGGUGCUCCACUCCCACAUGAGCAAGGAAAUUGAGUCCAGUCGGAUAACACACACGGCUGUGGACCUGCUAAAGACGCCCUGCAUGAGACGCAUCUCCAUCUGUCUGGUCGCUGUUUGGUUUGCCACCAGUUUUGCUUACUAUGGUUUGGCGAUGGACUUGCAGAAAUUCGGGGUGAGUAUUUACCUGAUGCAAAUCAUCUUCGGAGCCGUAGAUUUUCCCGCCAAAGUGCUGGCUCUGGGCAUGCUCACUUACCUGGGGAGGCGGAUCUCUCAGGCAUCCUGUCUCUUCCUGUCAGCCAUCAUCAUCUUCGCUAACAUCUUUGUUCCAACAGACAUGCAGACUCUUCGGACCACCUUGGCGUGUCUUGGUAAAGGUUUCACAUCGGCCUCGUUCACGACAGUCUACCUGUACACUGGAGAGUUGUACCCAACCGUAAUCAGGCAGACUGGGAUGGGCUUCGUUUCUACCAUGGCACGGGUUGGCAGCAUGGCGGCGCCCGCUGUCCUCAUCCUGGACGAGGUAUUCCCAGCUUUCCCCAGCCUUGUGUACGGGGGGGCGGCCGUGAUAGCAGGGUGCUUCGCCUGCUUUUUGCCAGAGACCCUCAACCUGCCACUUCCUGACACCAUUGAAGACGUGGAGGAAAAGUGGUGUGGAAGAAGCUCCGCCUCUCAACAGAAAGAGGAUGUGGCUCUGAAGGAGGACAUGUGUUUAAAAGAGUUGAAGGAAACAGAAGGGAGUGGCCUCAACGCCCUGUGACCAAUCAGAGUGCUUCUGGGACUGAAACCCCAUCGACCAGAUUUGUGAUGAGACAU